AUGACAAGCCGAGGAAGUUUUAAAUCCGCACGAAUGAACUACAAAGUUCAAAAUGAACAACUAGAAACUAAAGGUACCAAGCCAACCCGUGAAGAAUCCUCAAUCCUAGAAGUGUUCGUUUUGAUGAUUGUGCAUAUAUGUAAAAAGAUUCUAUUCUUUGACACCAAUUUAAAAAUAGCCAUUUACUUAGGAGCUCUCUUUUUACUAUCGAUCAUCGCGGAUGUAUUAACAUUUCCGAAAACAUACUUUUCGAGAAGUGACAAUGUUUUUAAUCAAUAUUUUGUGAAGAUUGGAUGGUUUUGGACACUAUUUAUGACAUUGCCUUAUGUUUUCUUGACGUCGCACACGACAUGCUGUGGGAAAAAGAGAAUAAUAGGCAUGGGUCAUUUGUCAAGAUUACUUGUUGCUACUGUGUUUUGGUACACAUGGACAACUGUCUUCAAUAUGAUAGAAACAAAUUAUGGACGUUGUAAUACUAAAUUAUAUGACAACAAAAUAAUGUGUUUAAAGAAUGGACAUUUUUGGAAUGGGUUUGAUUUAUCUGGGCACUGUUUUAUUCUAAUAUAUUCGAGUUUAGUUAUGAUAGAAGAAGCUAAAGCUAUCAAUGGCUGGGAAAGGAUAAAAGACUACAUAAGAGAUGAGAAGUAUGCUCGUAGUAUUGAUGACAAGUCUGCCAGUAUAAAUCCUCUGAAAAACAUCACAAGUGAUGAACUAAGUGUAUUGAAAGUGUCGUAUGAGAAUUACACACCAUACGUAAGGGCAUUUUUAAUAGGUAUUGCUUUGCUGCAGUUGUUGUGGGAUGUUAUGUUGGUUUCAACGAUAUUAUACUAUCACAUAAUGGUGGAAAAGUUCAUCAGUGGUGUCAUAGCAAUACUCACUUGGUUUGUUACUUAUAGAGUAUGGUAUACCAUACCAAAUGUUUUUCCCAAUCUGCCAGGAGAAGGCAUAUUUAAAUACAACAAUCGGAUUAAACCUGUGUUCACCACACCCACUUAUAGAAAAAAGAGUUCUACAAAUGGUAAACAUUUUAUGGGCAUGCCAAUUAAUGCUAACCAAGACUCUGAAAAUAGUAAAGAAGAAACUAAAUAG